AUGGCGAGGCGGCCGCCGUGGUGGGGUCUCAGGGGGCCGACGACUCCACUACUCCUGCUCCUUCUCCUCCUCUCUUUGUUCCCUCUCAGCCGAGAGGAGCUGGGGGUCGACGGGGGCCAAAGCUGGGACCCAGGGGUAGCUGCCGCUACGGGGCCAGGGGCGCGGACCGGCGGCGAAUCCCUAGCUCUUUGUCCCGAGACGCCCGUGGUCCAGGGGGAUGAAGAGCCUGGCCUGGGAAUAAGGGAGCCCGUCUUCGUGGGGCUCCAAGGGGGAAGGCAAAGCGUCCAGAGUGGUCGAGGGCACCCUCAGCAGCCGGACGCGGGGCUGGGGGAGAAAUGUGGGGUCCAGGCUUUAGGCAGCCGCGGGCAAGGAACAGGACAGGGACCAGGGUCUCUGUUAUGCUGGCGCCCAGAGGUCUCCUCUUGCGGGCAGACAAGACCCUUGCGUAAAGAAAGUCAGUCUCCAGAGGCUCUGUCCCCAGGGGUCCCGAGCCUGGAGAACAGCUCGCCCUUCCCAUUGGACCUUCUGGUUCAGCCCCGUGGGUACAAGCCAAUGUUCUCCCAGAGGAAUGCUAGAAGAGGCACCCCCAAAAAAGUGGGAACCACGCGCUGCUGCAAGGAAUCGUGGGCACAGAGGCGCAGGGGUCAGAGCGAGAGAACUGCAACAUCUCGAGGGGAGAGGACAGCCCCCCAGCUGGACUGUCCCCCCGAGGCUGUGGGAUGUGGCCCUGAACUGGAUUCAGCACCUCGCAUAGAGAGGACAGUUCCCGUGUCUGUUUCAGCACCGCGCGAGUCUCGGACAGCUCCCGAGCCGACGCCCGAGCGCAUGCGCUCGCGUGGUCUCUUCCGCCGCCGCUUCCUCCCGCAGCGCCCCGGGCCGCGCCCCCCGGGGGUCCGAGCUCAAUCAGGAAUCUGGAGAAUACCCCCAGCGAGCAGGGUCCGCCCCCGUCGCGCCGCGAACCGCCACCCGCAGUUUCCUCAGUACAACUAUCAGGCGCUAGUGCCCGAGAACGAGGCGGCUGGCACCGCGGUGUUACGCGUAAUGGCGCAAGACCCGGACGCAGGUGAGGCCGGGCGCCUAGUUUACUCGCUGGCUGCGCUCAUGAACAGCCGCUCGCUGGAGCUGUUCAGCAUUGACCCACUAAGCGGCCUCAUCCGCACAGAGGCUGCUCUGGACCGCGAGAGCAUGGAACGGCACUACCUGCGCGUGACGGCUCAGGACCACGGCUCGCCGCGCCUCUCGGCCACUACCAUGGUGGCCGUUACAGUGACCGAUCGCAACGACCACGCGCCGGUGUUUGAACAGGCGCAAUACCGGGAGACGCUUCGCGAGAACGUGGAGGAGGGCUACCCCAUUCUUCAGUUGCGUGCCACAGACGGCGACGCGCCCCCCAACGCCAACCUGCGUUACCGCUUCGUGGGGCCGCCAGCUGCGCGCGCCGCUGCGGCAGCCGCUUUCGAGAUUGAUCCGCGGUCGGGCCUCAUAAGCACCAGCGGUCGCGUGGACCGCGAACACAUGGAAAGCUACGAGCUGGUGGUGGAGGCCAGUGACCAGGGCCAAGAGCCUGGGCCGCGCUCUGCCACUGUGCGUGUGCACAUAACCGUGCUGGACGAGAACGACAACGCACCCCAAUUCAGCGAGAAGCGCUACGUGGCGCAAGUGCGCGAGGAUGUGCGCCCCCACACGGUGGUACUACGCGUCACAGCCACCGACCAGGACAAGGAUGCCAACGGACUGGUGCACUACAAUAUCAUCAGCGGCAACAGUCGUGGCCAUUUUGCAAUCGACAGCCUCACCGGCGAGAUCCAGGUGGUGGCACCUCUGGACUUUGAGGCAGAGCGAGAGUAUGCCUUGCGCAUCCGGGCGCAGGAUGCAGGCCGGCCACCACUGUCCAACAACACAGGCCUGGCCAGCAUCCAGGUAGUGGACAUCAAUGACCAUACUCCUAUCUUUGUCAGCACACCCUUCCAGGUCUCUGUACUGGAAAAUGCACCCAUGGGCCAUUCGGUUAUCCACAUUCAGGCAGUGGAUGCAGACCAUGGGGAGAAUGCCAGAUUGGAGUACUCCCUAACUGGUGUGGCACCUGAUAUGCCCUUUGUGAUUAACAGUGCCACUGGCUGGGUCUCUGUGAGUGGUCCCUUGGAUCGUGAGUCUGUGGAACAUUAUUUCUUUGGUGUGGAGGCCCGAGACCAUGGCACACCUCCACUCUCUGCCUCAGCCAGUGUCACAGUGACUGUGCUAGAUGUUAAUGACAAUCGGCCUGAGUUUACAAUGAAGGAGUACCACCUACGGCUGAAUGAGGAUGCAGCUGUGGGCACUACUGUGGUCAGUGUGACUGCUGUAGAUCGUGAUGCCAACAGUGCCAUCAGCUACCAGAUUACAGGCGGCAACACCCGAAAUCGCUUUGCUAUCAGCACCCAGGGGGGUGUAGGUCUGGUGACACUGGCUCUGCCACUGGACUACAAGCAGGAACGCUACUUCAAGCUGGUGCUAACUGCUUCUGACCGUGCCCUUCAUGAUCACUGCUAUGUGCACAUCAACAUCACAGAUGCCAACACUCACCGGCCUGUCUUUCAAAGUGCCCACUACUCAGUGAGCGUGAAUGAGGAUCGACCAGUGGGUAGCACCGUGGUGGUUAUCAGUGCCUCUGAUGAUGAUGUGGGUGAGAAUGCUCGUAUCACCUAUCUCCUGGAGGACAACCUGCCCCAGUUCCGCAUUGAUGCAGACUCAGGGGCCAUUACACUACAGGCUCCACUGGACUAUGAGGACCAGGUGACCUACACACUGGCUAUUACAGCUCGGGACAAUGGCAUCCCACAGAAGGCAGACACCACUUAUGUGGAGGUGAUGGUCAAUGAUGUGAAUGAUAAUGCUCCACAGUUUGUGGCUUCCCACUACACAGGGUUGGUAUCUGAGGAUGCCCCACCUUUCACCAGUGUUCUGCAGAUCUCAGCCACUGACCGGGAUGCUCAUGCCAAUGGUAGGGUCCAGUAUACUUUCCAGAAUGGGGAAGAUGGGGAUGGAGAUUUUACCAUUGAGCCCACCUCUGGCAUUGUUCGCACAGUGAGGCGGCUGGAUCGGGAGGCAGUACCAGUGUAUGAACUUACCGCCUACGCAGUGGACCGAGGUGUGCCCCCACUGCGGACUCCAGUCAGCAUCCAGGUGACAGUGCAGGAUGUAAAUGACAAUGCACCUGUGUUCCCAGCUGAGGAGUUUGAGGUGCGAGUGAAGGAGAACAGCAUUGUGGGCUCAGUGGUGGCUCAGAUCACUGCCGUAGACCCUGAUGAAGGCCCUAAUGCCCAUAUAAUGUACCAGAUUGUGGAGGGGAACAUCCCUGAGCUGUUCCAAAUGGACAUCUUCUCUGGAGAGUUGACGGCACUCAUUGACCUGGACUAUGAGGCUCGCCAGGAAUAUGUGAUUGUGGUGCAGGCCACAUCUGCCCCUCUGGUCAGUCGAGCCACUGUGCACGUCCGCCUGGUUGACCAGAAUGACAACAGCCCUGUGCUCAACAACUUCCAGAUCCUCUUCAACAACUAUGUAUCCAACCGCUCAGACACCUUUCCCUCAGGCAUUAUCGGACGCAUCCCAGCUUAUGACCCUGAUGUCUCUGACCACCUCUUCUACUCUUUUGAGCGGGGCAAUGAGCUGCAGCUGCUGGUGGUCAACCAGACCAGUGGGGAGCUUCGACUCAGCCGCAAGCUAGACAACAACCGCCCACUGGUGGCCUCCAUGUUGGUGACUGUCACAGAUGGGCUGCAUAGCGUGACGGCGCAGUGUGUGCUACGCGUGGUCAUCAUCACGGAAGAGUUGCUAGCCAACAGCCUUACGGUGCGCCUCGAGAAUAUGUGGCAGGAGCGUUUCCUGUCACCGCUGCUGGGCCACUUUCUGGAAGGCGUGGCCGCGGUGCUUGCCACACCCGCCGAGGAUGUCUUCAUCUUCAACAUCCAGAAUGAUACGGACGUGGGGGGCACCGUGCUCAAUGUGAGCUUCUCGGCGCUGGCGCCGCGCGGGGCCGGGGCGGGUGCUGCGGGUCCCUGGUUCAGCUCGGAGGAACUGCAAGAACAGUUGUACGUGCACCGCUCGGCCCUUGCCGCGCGCUCGCUCCUGGACGUGCUGCCCUUCGACGACAACGUGUGCCUGCGCGAGCCCUGUGAGAACUACAUGAAGUGCGUGUCAGUGCUGCGCUUCGACUCGUCCGCACCCUUCCUGGCCUCGGCCUCCACGCUCUUCAGACCCAUCCAGCCCAUCGCAGGCCUGCGCUGCCGCUGCCCGCCCGGCUUCACGGGAGACUUCUGCGAGACGGAGCUCGACCUCUGCUACUCCAACCCGUGCCGGAACGGUGGCGCCUGCGCGCGGCGCGAGGGCGGCUACACCUGCGUGUGCCGCCCGCGCUUCACAGGAGAAGACUGCGAGCUGGAUACGGAGGCCGGACGCUGCGUCCCUGGCGUCUGCCGCAACGGGGGCACCUGUGCCGACGGGCCCGACCGCGGCUUCCGCUGUCAGUGCCCGGCGGGCGGCGCCUUCGAGGGCCCGCGCUGCGAGGUGGCGGCACGCUCCUUCCCUCCCAGUUCCUUCGUCAUGUUCCGCGGCCUGCGGCAGCGCUUCCACCUCACGCUGUCCCUCUCGUUCGCAACAGUGCAGCCAAGUGGAUUGCUCUUCUACAAUGGUCGCCUGAAUGAGAAGCACGACUUCCUGGCCCUGGAGCUCGUGGCUGGGCAAGUGCGGCUUACAUAUUCCACGGGUGAGUCCAAUACAGUGGUCCGCCCCACAGUUCCAGGGGGCCUGAGUGAUGGGCAGUGGCACACAGUGCAUCUGAGAUACUACAACAAGCCCCGCACAGAUGCCUUGGGAGGUGCUCAGGGCCCCUCCAAGGAUAAGGUGGCUGUGCUGAGCGUGGAUGACUGCGACGUGGCUGUGGCUCUGCAGUUCGGUGCUGAGAUUGGCAACUACUCAUGUGCAGCUGCUGGCAUGCAAACAAGCUCCAAGAAGUCCCUGGACCUGACGGGCCCUCUGCUCCUGGGGGGUGUCCCCAACCUCCCCGAGAACUUCCCCGUGUCGCACAAGGAGUUCAUUGGCUGCAUGCGGGAUCUGUACAUUGAUGGCCGCCGAAUGGAUAUGGCAGCCUUCGUUGCAAACAAUGGCACCAUAGCAGGCUGUCAGGCUAAGCUGCACUUUUGCGACUCAAGUCCCUGUAAGAACAGCGGCUUCUGCUCAGAACGCUGGGGUGGCUUCAGCUGCGACUGCCCUGUGGGCUUCGGUGGCAAAGACUGUAGGCUCACCAUGGCCCAUCCCCAUCAUUUCCGUGGCAAUGGGACACUGAGCUGGGACUUUGGAAAUGAUAUGACUGUGUCUGUGCCGUGGUACCUGGGGCUGGCGUUUCGGACACGGGCAACGCAGGGGGUCCUGAUGCAAAUGCAGGCUGGGCCACACAGCACGCUUCUUUGUCAGCUGGACCAGGGGUUGCUGUCAGUGACAGUGACCAGGGGCUCAGGCCGUGCUGCCCACCUCCUUCUGGACCAGGUGACUGUCAGUGAUGGCCGGUGGCAUGAUCUGCGGUUGGAAUUGCAGGAAGAGCCGGGUGGCCGCCGGGGCCACCAUGUCCUCAUGGUCUCACUGGACUAUAGCCUCUUCCAGGACACCAUGGCAGUGGGGAGUGAACUGCAAGGCCUGAAGGUAAAGCGACUCCAUGUGGGAGGCCUGCCCCCCAGCAGUGAAGAGGAGGUUCCUCAGGGUCUGGUUGGAUGUAUCCAGGGGGUAUGGCUCGGCUCCACGCCUUCGGGAUCCCCAGCCCUGCUUCCCCCUAGCCACCGAGUGAAUGUGGAACCUGGUUGUAUAGUGACCAACGCCUGUGCAUCGGGACCCUGCCCAUCCCACGCUGACUGCCGAGACCUCUGGCAGACCUUUUCUUGCACCUGCUGGCCAGGUUACUAUGGCCCAGGGUGUGUGGACGCCUGCCUCUUGAAUCCUUGUCAGAACCAGGGGUCAUGCCGCCAUCUUCCAGGAGCUCCCCAUGGCUAUACCUGUGAUUGUGCAGGUGGCUAUUUUGGGCACCACUGUGAGCACAGGAUGGACCAGCAGUGCCCACGGGGCUGGUGGGGGAGCCCAACCUGUGGCCCUUGUAACUGUGACGUUCACAAGGGCUUUGACCCCAACUGUAACAAGACAAACGGGCAGUGUCACUGCAAGGAGUUCCACUACCGACCACGGGGCAGCGACUCAUGCCUCCCAUGUGACUGCUACCCUGUGGGCUCCACCUCGCGUUCAUGUGCACCCCACAGCGGGCAGUGCCCCUGCCGCCCAGGAGCCCUUGGCCGCCAGUGCAACAGCUGUGACAGUCCUUUUGCAGAGGUGACAGCCAGUGGCUGCCGAGUGCUCUAUGAUGCCUGCCCCAAGUCCCUGAGAUCUGGCGUGUGGUGGCCUCAGACCAAGUUUGGCAUGAUGGCCUCAGUGCCCUGUCCUCGGGGGGCCCUAGGAUUGCGGGGUGCAGGUGCUGCUGUGCGGCUGUGUGAUGAGGACCAGGGCUGGCUGGAGCCUGACCUCUUCAACUGUACCUCCCCUGCCUUUCGAGAACUCAACCUGCUGCUGGAUGGCCUAGAGCUGAACAAGACAGCACUGGAUACUGUGGAGGCCAAGAAGCUGGCUCAAAGGCUGCGGGAAGUGACUGGCCACACCGACCACUACUUUAGCCAAGAUGUUCGAGUCACUGCCCGACUGCUGGCCCACCUGCUGGCCUUUGAGAGUCACCAGCAAGGCUUUGGGCUGACAGCUACACAGGAUGCCCACUUCAAUGAGAAUCUGCUGUGGGCAGGCUCUGCACUGCUUGCCCCAGAGACUGGGGACUUGUGGGCAGCGCUGGGGCAGCGGGCCCCCGGGGGCUCGCCAGGUAGUGCAGGGCUGGUGCAGCAUCUGGAGGAGUAUGCGGCAACACUCGCAAGGAAUAUGGAGCUCACGUACCUGAAUCCCGUGGGGCUGGUGACGCCCAACAUCAUGCUUAGCAUCGACCGCAUGGAGCACCCCAGUCCCAUCCGGGGAACCCGUCGCUACCCUCGUUACCACAGCAACCUUUUCCGGGGCCAGGAUGCCUGGGAUCCUCACACACACGUGCUGCUGCCUCCCCAGUCCCCACGGCCAUCCUCACCUCAAGUUCUGCCCACAAGCAGCAGCAGCAUGGAAAACUCCACCUCCUCAAGUGUGGGCCCCCCUCCGGCCGCCCCGGAGCCCGAGCCGGAGCCUGGGAUCUCCAUUGUCAUCCUCCUCGUUUACCGCACCUUGGGGGGGCUGCUCCCUGCCCAGUUCCAGGCCGAGCGCCGGGGCGCCAGGCUUCCCCAGAACCCUGUUAUGAACUCCCCUGUGGUCAGCGUGGCUGUGUUCCAUGGACGCAACUUCCUAAGGGGUGUCCUGGAGUCCCCGAUCAGCCUGGAGUUCCGCCUGCUACAGACAGCGAAUCGGAGCAAGGCGAUCUGCGUGCAGUGGGACCCACCUGGCCCGGCGGACCAGCACGGCAUGUGGACGGCACGGGACUGCGAGCUGGUGCACAGGAACGGGUCUCACGCUCGAUGUCGCUGCAGCCGGACAGGCACCUUUGGGGUCCUCAUGGAUGCUUCCCCCCGUGAGCGGCUGGAGGGUGACCUGGAGCUGCUGGCAGUGUUCACGCACGUGGUCAUGGCAGUGUCUGUGGCCGCGCUGCUUCUGACCGCAACCGUCCUGCUGAGCCUGCGCAGCCUCAAGUCCAACAUGCGUGCAAUCCAUGCCAAUGUGGCAGCUGCCCUGGGGGUGGCAGAGCUCCUCUUUCUGCUGGGGAUCCACAGGACCCACAACCAGCUGGUGUGCACCGCGGUCGCCAUCCUCCUGCACUACUUCUUCCUCAGCACCUUUGCGUGGCUCCUGGUGCAGGGGCUGCACCUCUACCGCAUGCAAGUUGAGCCCCGCAACGUGGACCGCGGCGCCAUGCGCUUCUACCACGCCCUGGGCUGGGGCGUCCCUGCCGUGCUGCUGGGCCUGGCUGUCGGCCUGGACCCCGAGGGCUAUGGGAACCCUGACUUCUGCUGGAUCUCGGUCCAUGAACCCCUCAUGUGGAGCUUCGCAGGCCCUGUCAUCCUGGUCAUUGUGAUGAAUGGGACCAUGCUUCUCCUCGCUGCCCGCACAUCCUGCUCCACUGGGCAGAGGGAAGCCAAGAAGACCUCUGUGCUCAGGAGCCUUCGCAGCUGCUUUCUGCUGCUUCUCCUGGUCAGUGCCUCCUGGCUCUUCGGCCUCCUGGCAGUCAACCACAGUGUCCUGGCCUUCCACUACCUCCAUGCUGCACUCUGUGGCCUCCAGGGCCUGGCGGUGCUGCUGCUCUUCUGUGUCCUGAAUGCAGAUGCUCGGGCUGCCUGGACACCUGCCUGUCUGGCUAGAAAGGCAGCGCCCGAGGAGGCAAGGCCAGCACCUGGCACGGGGCAUGGGGCUUACAACAACACGGCCCUCUUUGAAGAGAGUGGCCUCAUCCGCAUCACCCUGGGUGCCUCCACUGUCUCUUCAGUGAGCAGUGCCCGCUCUGGCCGGACCCAGGACCAAGACAGCCAACGGGGCCGUGGCUACCUCAGGGACAAUGUCCUGGUUCGACAUGGCUCAGCUGCUGACCACACUGACCACAGCCUCCAGGCUCAUGCUGGCCCCACUGACCUGGAUGUGGCCAUGUUCCAUCGAGAUGCUGGUGGAGCUGCAGACUCCGAUUCUGACAGCGACCUGUCCUUGGAGGAGGAGAGAAGUCUGUCCAUUCCAUCCUCAGAAAGUGAGGACAAUGGCCGGACACGGGGGCGUUUCCAGCGCCCACUCCGCCGGGCAGCCCAGAGUGAGAGGCUCCUCACUCACCCCAAAGACGUGGAUGGCAAUGACCUCCUAUCCUACUGGCCAGCCCUGGGAGAAUGCGAGGCCACUCCCUGUGCUCUGCAGACCUGGGGCUCCGAAAGGCGCCUGGGGCUGGACACCAGCAAGGAUGCAGCCAACAACAACCAGCCGGACCUGGCUCUGACCAGUGGAGAUGAAGCCUCCCUGGGCCAGGCCCAGCGCCAGAGGAAAGGCAUCCUGAAGAACCGAUUGCAGUACCCACUGGUGCCUCAGACCCGAGGUGCCCCUGAGCUGUCCUGGUGCCGUGCAGCCACCUUGGGCCACCGUGCUGUGCCAGCUGCCUCCUAUGGUCGCAUCUAUGCUGGAGGGGCCACAGGCAGCCUUUCGCAGCCAGCCAGCCGCUACUCCUCUCGGGAACAGCUGGACCUGCUCCUGCGGCGGCAACUCAGCCGUGAGCGACUGGAGGAGGCCCCCGCCCCUAUUCUUCGUCCCCUGAGUCGGCCAGGUUCCCAGGAACGCCUGGAUGCCACUCCAGGCCGCCUGGAGCCCAGGGACCGGGGCAGUACCCUACCACGGAGGCAGCCACCCAGGGACUACCCUGGUGCCAGGGCCGGCCGCUUCGGGUCACGGGAUGCUCUGGACCUAGGGGCACCCUGCGAGUGGUUGAGCACACUGCCCCUACCCCACAGUGCCCGGGACCUUGACCCACAGCCCCCUCCUCUGCCCCUGUCUCCCCAGCGGCAACUCUCAAGGGACCCCCUCUUGCCAUCCCGGCCCCUGGAUUCUCUGUCCAGGAGAUCGAACUCAGGGGAGCAGCUGGACCGUGUGCCUAGCCGGCACCCCUCACGAGAAGGCCUCGGGCCACCCCCACAGCUGCUCAGAGUUAGGGAGGACCCAGCCAGUGGCCCUAGCCAUGGCCCCUCCACAGAGCAGCUGGACAUUCUCUCCUCUAUCCUUGCCUCCUUCAACUCCUCGGCUCUCUCCUCCUCUGUGCAGUCCUCAAGCACGCCCUCGGGCCCUCACACCACUGCCACGCCUUCUGCCACAGCCUCUGCGCUUGGGCCCUCCACACCACGCUCUGCCACGUCCCACAGCAUCUCGGAGCUAUCUCCAGACUCAGAAGUUCCCAGAAGCGAGGGGCACUCCUGAGGGGCAGACUCACGGACAAGGAAUGGCUGAGGGCAAUGGAAGAUUUGAGCUAACAGAAGAGACUCCAGGAGUCAGGGGCUGAUCCCCAGGCAGCCUCCUGCCCGCCCCCCAGCCCUCCCUGUCGCUGCAGUGCUGAGGCUCCUUGCCCUCUCUGUGAGCGUGUGAGCAUGCAUGUAACAGCUGCGGGGGGGAAGGAACUGAAAGGAGGACUUUUAUACGUUUUGUACCUUUGUAACCAGAGAGAUAUGCUUAUGUUAUUUUUCAGCUUUUCUGUCACCUGGGGUUCUGAGGCUGGGCUGGGAGGGGAAGGGGACAGAGGGUAGAGUUUGGCCCCAUUUGGGUCCCUGGCAAACUAUAUGCUCUUUCCUCUCAUCUCACUGGGGCAGAUUCAGAUAGGAGGAGCAAGUCGCCUCCCACCCAUUGAUCUGAAUAUUGUUAGGGCCCAAAGUACAGAGCUGAUCUUUGCUUUUUCUUGGUUGCCCCAAGGGCCAAACUUCAGGGACAAGGGGUUGGUCUUGGAAACAGGGGUCCUCUGACCUCCUCGCGGGGCUUGCUCAUGCCUCCCCUCCCCGUGGAUGUGUGUGUUUAUUAUGUGGAGUCCCUGCCACUUACUGCCUUAUGACCUAGGACUGAUGCUGUGGGGCGCUGGUGGAGCAGCAGAUGUCAUGUUUACAGAGCAAGGCUUCCCUUUCUCCCAUGGGGAGGGGCUCAGGCCUCUAUUCAUACAUUCCUGCAGAGGGUGGACUAGGGGGUUAUUUGGCAGCCCCUACCCCUGCUCUGAGCAAAAGUUAUCCGUGGUGCCGCUUGAUUCCCUGACACUGCCCUGUGCUAGAAAUUCUUGCAGGAGUGGGAGCAAGGGGAGCAGAAACAAGGGAAUUGAAGACACAGAAUGUAGGUGCCACUGCCUCCCAUGUUUACAGGACCCUCCCUGGCCCUUGGCACCUGGGCUGCAGUAACUAGUUCCAUCCUACUUUAUUCUUUUCUAUAGGCAAACCUGACUGUUAGGACUCUGUUCACAAAACUCUCUUUUAUUACUUUCUCUGCUCUCCAGAACUGGGGACUUUUAGAUUUUGUUACUUUGUUUACAGGUCAAGAUUUAAAACAUUUUCCAAGUUUGUUUACAACUUAAAACUUUGAACUUUUAUACUUUGCUUACAGUUGAGAAUGUGUUUUUCCCACUUUGUUUACAAGUGAAAGGUAGAGAAGAUGGGAGAGGGGCUUGAGGAUCCUGGACCUGGCCAUCUUGAGGAGUUUCUAGCCCUGAGCUCUCCCAGGCCAAAGGCCAGCCCUGAGCCCCUGUUGAACAGCAGGCCAAGAAAUCCUCCAGAGCGGGCAUCCUUUUACUGCUAUGAACAAUGGGUUGUGCAGGGUUGUAGGGGGUUCUGUGCAGACACACACACACACCCCUUCCCCACACAUACUCCUGGGAGGCAGUUUCCAAGGAGAUUGAAAGUUCUUCACUGACUGGUGCCAAAUCCCGCCAGCCAGGACCCCAGCUCUCCUUACCCAGAAUGACCCCAGCCCUUGAAGGGUUGAAGGGCCCGCUGUGGGGAGAGGGGGCUGUCCUUGCUAUAUCCUAGGUUCUAUAGAUGUCCCUUUCUGAGGGUCCCUUGCUCCAGCCCAGUGGCCCUUUUCCCUGUCUGUGUACAUUGUUCCGUGAAGCCGCGCUCUGUUUUGGGAAUAAACUUCUAUAGAAAAUG